UUUUCAAAACUUGACCAUAAGAACAAUAAAUAACGAAACCCUUUCUCACAUCCUUCCUUGCCUCCUCUUCGUGCAUCCGCCGAUGUGGUGAGCGCCUUCUUCACAGAACACACACGCACACACAAAGAAAAAGAAUAGAGAGAGAGAUAUGAAGUUCAAGGCAUUUGUGACUGACAAUGGCGUAAGUCUGUUGGACAGGAGAUUCCUGCCUGCCUUGGACAAAAUGGGAAAGAUUUGCCAUCUUUUCCUCACCAGAGAGCACGCCUUCUUCCUCCACAACCUCCUUACCACCCCCGACGGCAUCCAAUCCAUUGCUCAGUUCCGCAAACAAGCUCUCUUCGACGACUAUCGUAUUUCCAGCCAGAAUGAAGACCGCAUUGCGUUCGCCUUUGACAUCUCCCUCCUUCUUCGCGCUGUUCGUAGCAGUGUCAGUAUUGUUUCCAGUGAGUCUGGGGGUGCGAAUCGGCUUCAGGUUAAAUUGGUGAAGAAGCUGCCUCCUAAUUCUACUCAGCCAAUGCCCUUUCUUACCUUUGAGACAAAGGGUUAUAAGUCUGCUGUUAUUCAAGAUGUUCCCAUUUCCAAGCCUUUGUCUAGGGAUCAACUUCUUCAACUUCAAGCUGCUCUUGACGCUGCCCAAGAUCUUCCCCGGACUCUGGUUCAGGUUCCUGAUUUGAAUCGGCUGCAGAACUUUGUUGAUCGCAUGAAGCAUGUUGGUGAUCUUCUGAAUGUUUCUAUAAGCAAGUACGGGGAUCUUCACCUGCAGAUUUCAACUACCUUGAUCACACUUGGUGCUGAGUUUCGCAAGCUGUUGGUUGUUGGAGAUAAAGCCCAAGCCCCAGAUGAGGAUCGAGAUUUAAGUGCGCAGACUCGAUCAGAGAGGGCGAUUUUGAUGGGAGAUGCUCAGUCUGUGCAGGUCAGUGUAAGACAUUUUUCUAAGAGUCUACAAUGUCACUUGGCCAAGCCGGAUUGUGCUUUCUAUGGGAUUGCCCCUCAGGGUGCUUGUUUGACUGUGAUAUUCCAGUUCUUCAUUCCCGGAACUCGUCAAACUGAUAAAUCUAUCAGUCUACAUUGUAGGCUUCCUGUGCUGGACCCAGGGUCAAGCUGAAGUUCCAUAGCUUCAAAUGAGAUGCCAUCAUUUGGCUUUGUUUGUCUAUAAUGAUAUUAGCUGACAUCUAGAUUUACUCAAGGGUGUCUCGCAUAUUACUGGUUAUUUAGAAGGGUUUGAAUAACUCCCAACUGGCUAUGGUGAAUCAUGUUUUGUUGCAGUGAGGGAACAGAUGGUAAUUGAUCUUGAUGACAAGCGGAGUUGCUGAUGUUCGACAAGUAGUAGCAUGAGUUAGAGAGUAAGCUAAAGCUGUUAGUGGUUGUUGACAAAUUAGGUUUAUAUCUUGGUUGAACCCUUUGUGUAAUAGCAACUGAAUCCUUAUAUAUGUUGAACUGUAAAUGAUCAUUUUCAACUAUCAAAUGAAAUAGUAAAGAUUCUCUCA